AUGAUGAAUGUGUAUGGGGUGAUUGGCAAUUCGCCCGUCCGGAUCGCUUCCGAUCGAGUAAACUCGUUUAAGUGCCGAUGUGCAAACCGAGAUGAUGUGCAUGGCACCGAUGAUGUCGGCAUGUUUAUUCAGCAUUCCACCGAUCAGCCCCGCCUCAGUACCAGCGGCAAAAUCACCUCUUGUCAAGAGCAGCAGAAGUGGUGUAUUUUGGAAUGUUCCAAUAAGCUUAUGCACUAG